AUGGCGGAUUUGCAAGAAAUACCACAGGAGGAUACGCCACAACACACAUUAGCUAAUAUAAAUGCUCUUGUCGUAAGAAAUUUUGAUGCUUGGUUUAUAACAAAAGUUAUAACGUUUAAUUUCACUCUUGAUAAUGAUAUUAAUAUUGGACCUGAUAAAAAUGCCGUUGUUGUUAAUACUUUUAAUUUCUUUGAAAGAUAUGAGAAUUCUACGAUAAAAAGGGAGGAAAUUGAAGAAACCUCAUUUUCCUCUACCGAUUCAAAUCGUGGUCGAAUAGUAGCGCAUGCGGUUAAAGAAGCUUGUACUAUUGCGAGCUUAGGACGAAAUCAUCAAGAUUGGGAUGCCGCUUGUAAACUCAUUUUACAAAAUAAAUCGCUCACUAACAAAGAAAAAAGAUCCAUUAUUACUCUCAUAUAUGGUAAACACGAUUAUUUGUCACUUUAG